AUGGCGCUGCCAAAGAGCAUGCGCUACCUGGCAGGUGCCACGAUAUGCGUCUUCGUCUUCCUGUUCGUGCAGAUACUGAAAGCUCCCUCUGCAGGUGAGCUGGAGGCCCCGAACAAAGUCCCGAACACAGUCCCGCUGUCGAAAGAAGGUCAGUGGGACCAUGACCCACAACUGGAUCCCUCGGGCGAGCCUCCAGAGCCUUUACGACGGGUCGAUGGGAACAACUAUGCGCCGAACAACCCAAACAGCGCACGCAUCAACGCCACGAUCCUGAGCCUGGUCCGCAAUGAGGAGAUUCACGACAUGCUCCAAAGCAUGCACGAUCUCGAAAGGACGUGGAACCACAAGUUCAACUAUCCAUGGACCUUCUUCAACGACAAGCCGUUUACAGAAGAGUUCAAGGCGAAGACACGGGCAGCUACCAAGGCGGAAGUGCGAUAUGAGCUCGUCCCUGCCGAACACUGGGACGUACCCUCCUGGAUCAACGAAGACCUCUACCGGGAGUCCGUCUCCCUUCUGACAGCGCAGAAAGUACAGUACAUGGAGAAACGGUCGUAUCACCAGAUGUGUAGGUGGAACAGCGGCCUGUUCAGCGAGCAUCCCGCGCUGAAAGACGUGCAAUACUACUGGCGAGUCGAGCCCAACGUCCACUUCUUCUGCGACGUCGACUACGAUGUAUUUGCGUGGAUGCAGGAUCACAACAAGACCUACGGUUUCAACAUCAACAUCUACGAUAGUGCUGAGAGCGUUGCCACCCUGUGGCCCGAGACGAAAAAGUUUUUGCACGACCACCCAGACUAUGUGCAUCCGAACAACGCGCGCGAAUGGCUGGAGGACGGGAACAGGAGACCUGAAAAUAACAAGAAGGCGAACGGAUACUCGACCUGCCACUUCUGGUCGAACUUCGAGGUCGGCGACUUGAGCUUCUGGCGCAGCAAGAAGUAUCGCGAGUACUUCGAUCACCUCGACCGCGCUGGUGGCUUCUUCUACGAGCGUUGGGGUGAUGCGCCUGUGCAUAGCGUUGCCCUAGGGCUGUUCGAGGAUAAGAGCAAGAUCCAUUGGUUCCGUGACAUCGGCUACCAGCACAUUCCUUUCUUCAACUGCCCCAACAGUCCCAAAUGCAAGGGCUGCGUCAUGGGCCGCUUUACCGAUGGCGCGCAGUGGCUCAACCGAGAGGACUGUCGCCCACUGUGGUUCAAGUACGUCGGGAUGGACUGA